AUGGACGGCGGCGGCGGGCGGCUGGUGGAGCUGCUCGUAGACCUGUGCGACCAGCUGGAGCUGGGGCAGCGUCGCGCGAAGGAGGCGCUUCUGGAGGUUCACAUGUGCGACGCCCAGUUGCACGGUGGCACAGGCGACGGGCGCCCCCCCCCCGCGACGGAGCGCGCCGCGGUGCCGCCGCUGCCGGCGGCAGGGGGGCCCCGGGAGGCGCCGCGGGUGCGCACGCCCGCGGGCUGCUCCCCGAGCGGGCCCCCCGCCUGCGGCUGCAGCCCCGGCUCCUCGGGCCCGGCGGGGCCGCGGUCGGACGCCGCCGCCGCGCCCCGCGCGCCCGCGGCCGCUGCGGAGAUCCGCAGGAAGCUGCGCGCCCUCGCCGCGGAGCACAUCUCCGAGGAGCCCAGCGUGUCCUCUGCGAGCAACGGCGCUGCAGCCACGCCCGGCGAGGCGCGGCCGGCUGGCUCGGCGGCAAACCACCGAAGGUUGGGCCACCAGUGGACGGCACUGCGGCGACCACCGCCUCCGCCAGCGGGGAGAUCCGCGCCCCGGGCCCAGCGGCGUGUGACCGUCGACGCCCGACGCAGCUGA